AUGCAGUAUGCCUUUGCAGCGCGUGGCUGGCACAUCGAGCCGUGGGAAGAGACCGCGCAGAUGGACAAGCACAAGGACAUCCCUCUGACGGGGCCAAAGGAUUCAUCCUUCCGGCAUUACUGCUCUUGUUAUCCAGGCGGCAAGCCCACCUACAACAUCAAGCUGAAGAAGGAGGACGAGAAGCUGUUUCGUCAAAGUCCAGAGAAGUACCAGCAAACCAACUCAGUUUGUCAGCUCUGUUACAAUCUAGACCGCUAUGUUGCGCUUUGGGGGACCACGAACUGCACCAACACUCAGCCAUUCCAGUACUCCAAGCUGCUCAUGGAAAGGUAUCAUCCAGAAGUAUUGAAGGGCAAGUGUGAUCUGCCCUGGCUCUGCGAGCGAGUGAAGAGGUGA